CCAUUUUAACUUCAAGAUCUAUUUUCUCUAUAAAAACACUUGCCUGGUUUCUCCUCCCCCAAAAAAUUCAAUUUGAUUUUGGUUUCGAGUUUUUGAAUUCGUUUCUUUUCCAUUGGUGUAUAAAGAUGAUCGAUGGUGGUGGUCGACUGAGGAAUACAUGGAGCCCCAAAGAAGACGCUAACCUUAUCAAGCUAGUGGAACAGCAUGGCCCAAAGAACUGGCCUAUUAUAAGCGCCGGAAUUCCUGGAAGAUCAAGCAAGUCUUGCCGCCUACGGUGGCACAACCAAGUCAACCCUGCCGUGCAGCACCGUCUCUUUCACCCUGCUGAGGAUGCUAUUAUCGUCAAAGCACACGCUAUUCAUGGGAAUAAAUGGGCCACCAUCGCUAAGCUAUUGCCUGGACGUACCGAUAAUGCUAUAAAAAACCGUUGGAACUCAAACUUAUGUCGGAGACAGGAAACAGAGAGGAGUUCAUCAGGAUCGUCCAAGUCGAAAUCAAGCCGAGAUGCAUCCCGGUCGUAUUCAGGGAACAAGAAACAGUGCUUGGAAAGGGUGUCGCACGAGCACGAGACUGCAGGACCGGUGGUGCCCAAUAUGCAGUUGACGCUGUCUCCACCAAGUGACGGCUUCGCAUCAGAAGAGCUGGAGGAAAAAGGGGAGGAUAAGGAGAGAGAAACUGCAAUAGUAGAGGUGGCUGAGAAAAGAAUGGUGACGAUUGACGAGGCUUGCGUGUUGACGAUCAUGCGGCGGAUGAUCAAAGAAGAGGUUAAGAGUUACAUUGAAUCAUUAAUGGCUGAUACAAACACUUGA